AUGAGACUGUAUCGUACUGAUCAAGGGGUACAAACUCUAGUUAGACGUGCCGCCAGUUUGCCUUUGCUGCCUAUCGAUCAUGUUCAAGAUGUGUGGAUAGACAUUAUGAAUGAGCAACCUGAUCACCUGCCCCAUGUAACUGAAUUUACAGACUAUGUGACAACAACGUGGGUUGAUGAUGACUCCUUGUUCAAGGUAGCUAUGUGGAACCAGCAUGGCAACAUUGGUCCUAGAACCAAUAACCACCUUGAAGGGUGGCAUUCCAAGCUGAACCGUUCUCUUACAAAUGCUCACCCUAACAUUUAUGAGUUCAUAAAUAAACUGAAGGACGUUGAAGAGAAAACCAGAAGGACAUUGAUCCAACUUGACCAUGGGGCAGCUCCAGUACCACGAAAGCGGGUGUAUCGUGAUAUUGAUGCACGCCUUAUGAGGCUGAAGAAUCAACUUCAACAAGGCCGCAAAACUCCUUUAGAGUUUUUAGACGCUGCCAGCCACUUGCUAAAAUUGCAGUUGUAA